AUUCUUUUGCAGCCUGAAAUCAUCUCAACCCCAAACUUUGUUGUGGAAGUGACCAAGCUGUCAAAUAACCAGAGUCUAGUUUUUGAUUGCCACUAUCCUGAAGAUGAGAUUGGGCGUGGCGAGGAGGAUGACAGCGACAUCUUUGCCAUCAGAGAGGUCAGCUUUCAGCCCACGGGAGAAGAUGAUUGGAAAGACACCAGCUAUACCCUUAAUACAGACUCCCUGGACUGGGCCCUCUAUGAUCACCUGAUGGACUUCCUGGCAGACCGUGGGAUUGAUAACACUUUUGCUGAUGAACUGGUUGAGCUGAGCACAGCUUUGGAACACCAGGAGUAUAUCAAGUUCCUUGAAAAUUUGAAGAGUUUUGUAAAGUGUUAAUCAUUGAUGUAUCCAAUUAACAUCGUCUCUCCACCUCCUGGCAAAGAUCGUCCUGCGAUGAUAAUGCUUGUUAAAUGGCAGAAUGAUCCUGGGCUUUAAAUUAUUUCACAAUAGGUUUUGUACAAAGAUGUUCUUUGGUACUGAAUGGCUCUGUGUAAUUAGCAUCCCAUCUCUAUAUAAUGUACAAAGUAGUCUGGGAUGCUAAAUGGCCAAAACGGUGCCUCUGAAUUGUAUUCUAAUUAUGGAAGUGUGUGUGUGAGCACAAGAACCGAAUUAUUUUCUCCUCACAAUGUCAUUGGCCUCAGAUGUUUCUUAAAAAUGAAGUAUUGAUUUAAACAUGAUGUUAAACCGUG